AUGACCGCAGUCGACACGAACACGCCGCUCGCGCUCCCGGCCGACUCGGCACCGUCACACCGCCAGUCCCUCAGCAAUGGUAACAACACUUUGGCUACACCACGCGGCGACCCCGAGGCCUUGUCGACCAUCUCGUCGCUGACCGACCUCGAGGCCCGCUGUGGUGGUUGCCGCAACGUUAUUGACCAGGACAACGGCGGUAUUGUCGUCGCGUUUGGGUCUUCGCUCUGGCACGUCGACUGCUUUCGCUGUGCAAAAUGCCAGGAAAAGGUCUCGGCCGAUACCAACCUGUUGUUACUCAGCGACGGCAGCCCAGUGUGCGGAAACUGCUCGUACCAGUGCUUUGUAUGCAAGCAGGCCAUCACAGAGGAAGCCAUCAUGACAGGAGACGAGUCGUACCACGCCCACUGCUUCACUUGCCGCACGUGUAAGCGUCGGAUAGAGGAACUGGUCUUUGCAAAGACCACACAGGGCAUUUACUGCAUGUCCUGUCACAACGACCGCGUGGCUCGCAGCAGGCGGCAUGCCGAAGCAAAGCGGCAGCGCGCAGCUCGCAAGGAGCGCGAGGCGCGUGAAAAGGCCGACGGAGAGCUCCGCAGGGCAGAGGAGCAAGGUGGCCGCAUGACCAGCAGCUCGACGUCGACGUCCCUCAACGUCUUGGCCAACACCGUCAGCAGGAGCUCUACCGAAGCCACAGUGGCCGCGCCGUCGCCCAUGGGUUCAACGACAGCCAGCCCACGAGACUUGCCAGACAGGAAAGGCUCGUUGCCGCCUGUCUCGCCUCAGCACAACAGCACCCUCCCGGCAGCCCAGCGUGCGCUCAGUGUAGACCGGGCGGGCGGGCCAGCGAGCCCAAAUGCGCGCUCGCCUUCACCUUCGCCUGGCGGCCGCAAGGGUGCUGGCGACCCCAACAUGCCGACCUCGCCCACGAUCGAUGCUCCGCUCAUGUCGCGUGGACAGUCGCUGGAUCAGCCACCCCCGCGCUCCUCGUCUGCCAGCCCGGCACCGCCGGCGGCGGCGGCUGGUUCCAGCAACCCGUUGAGCCCCGCGAGCCCGAUCAACACCAUCUCCCAGUCCCUCUCGGGUUCCCCAUCCACUCCCAACCAGCCUCACAGCCCGACCUCGCGUCAAGCAGGAAACCCUGGUCUGGGCGUUGGCCUCAGUGUGCCCACACCAAAGGCGUCCAAGCGCCGGUCAAUCAACCCGGGCAUGACGUUCAACAUGGACGCGCACAACGCCACGUUCGCGGCCGAGCCCAGAGCCUCGUCGCCGUUGCGGGCCGCCAACGACGAUGCCCAGCAGCAGCGCAUCGUGUCUGGCUCGCCUGCGCCCGGCACGCCUUCCCAGGACCCCAAGGACCGCGCCGCCUCGCCAGUCCCGCCGCUCAUUGGCACGCCGAACGCCCAGUCGACCCCUGUGGUCGAGGCGGCUACUGUGCCCAACGGCAGUGGUGCCGACGAAAAGGAGAACAAGGACCCGCAGAGCAAGCUGGAUGUGAAGGGCAAGAAGGGCGAGCUCGACGGAUCGGCGAGCGACCACGAGGACAGGGCUGCUGCUGCUGCUGCUGCCGACGGCGACGCGACCAAGCAAGGUCCCCGGAUUGACGCGCCAGCAUUACCCACCAUGUCCUUUUCUCUCUCUGACCCCGACUUUGCCGUCCUCCUCAAGGAGAUGGAGUCGUCGCCAAAGAAGAAGGGCUCGGUCGUCCCCGAGGUCGUUACCAGUUCUGGAUCGCCCAACCCCCAGGCGCCAUCCGACUUGGAGGACGCAAACUCGGCACCCAUGUCCAGGAGCCCCAACAUGAACCUGUCUGCCGCGGCGAACGGCGAGGACAAGUCCCUGUUGUCACCUUCGAAUGUAUCGGGUCUCCCCGGCGGCUCGACGCAUCGCCGCCGCCUGUCAAUGGAGUCGGCCGUGUCUGUGCGCCUGGGUGCCGAAUCGGCACUGUCGAGCCUCAAGGAGCUCAUGUCCGAGGCCAAGGGCGACACGGUCACGGUCGACCGCGACAUUCUCAACGAGGUUAUUCGUGAACAUGACGCGCUGAGGGACAUUACCAUGACACUCAAGAACAAGUACACUGGCGCAAAGCGCUCGAGCCAGCAGUACAGCGAAGGCCUCACUGUCGCCGGCGAAGAGUACGACAAGGAAGUCGCCAUGCGCCAAGAGCUCGAGGCCGAGGUGACGCGUCUGCGCGCCCAAGUCCACGGCCAGACUGCCCGUCUUUCUGUCAUUUCGAGCGAGGAGCGCCGUGCCGAGAACAUGCGCCGUCGGUCCCACGACCUUGCCAGCAACCUCACCGGUCUGGAACGUGACAUUUCGCGCUUGCGAGCGCAGCGCGACAUUUCGCUGGCCGAAGUCGAGGAGCUGCACGCCAAAAAGGUCGAGUCUGCAGUGGGCGGCAGCACCGAUGAGGCUACCUCCAAGCUUGGACGUUCGCUCACCCGCCGCCUCGACACGAUCAAGGAGCAGUACCGCGACGAGCUCGGCCCCCUUUCCGCACAGCGCGAGGCGCUGCAGCGUGAGAUCAACGACCUGCGCGACACGCGCGAGCAGUUCCUGGAAGAAUCGACAGCCCUGGCGGCCAAGAACGAGGAGCUUGCCGAGCUCAACGCCCAGUUGAGCCGCAACACAGAGUCGAUGCAGGACUCGAUGACGCGCCGCGCACCUGCGUUCCCGCACACUACGGUCAAGGCCCCUCGUGGCCACCCAUCGGGCAGCCCGUCCAUGUCCUCGUUGGCCAAUGCCCUGCAGGAUGUCCCCGAGGAGACGGCCCGUGUGAUCAAAGUGUCAAAACCCGUCGAGGUCGAGGCUGCGCCGGUUCGCCGCUUCAAGUGGAUCGGCGGCGGCAAGUCGCCAAAGGCCGAGCUGGCCAAGCCGGCUGUGGGCGACGCGGGCGGCGGCAACCGCAAGUACAGGCCGUCGACGGAGAUGGGCGUGCGCGACCACCAGUUCCAGCAGCACAGCACCAUGCGUCUGGGCCGCUGCGAGUUGUGCCAGGACAAGAUGUGGGGCCUGCAAGAGGUCAAGUGUGCCUCGUGCGGCGUGGUGUGCCAUUCCAAGUGUGCCGAGAAGCUGCCCAGGUCGUGCCCGGGCAAGGCCGAAGCAGAGGACGGUCCUCCUCCCGUCAGCAUGUUUGGCCGCGACCUGUCCGAGCAGGCCGAGUCGGACGGCACGGCCGUGCCGACCAUUGUCACCAAGUGUAUCCGCGCAGUCGAGGCCAACGGCAUGGAAUACGAGGGUAUCUACCGUAAGACUGGCGGUUCGUCCCAGUCCAAGCAGAUUACGCAGCUGUUUGAGCGUGCGCGCUACGACACGUUUGACCUCACCAACGUCGAGUCGUUCAACGACAUUAGCUCCAUCACGUCGGUGCUCAAGACCUACUUCCGCCAGCUGCCCGACCCGCUCAUGACGCACACGCUGCACGAGAGCUUUGUGGCCGCGGCCAACAUCCGCGACCACGCCAACAAGCACGCUGCGCUGUGCGUCUUGCUCAAGGAGCUGCCCAAGCACCACUACAACACGCUCAAGGUCCUGAUGCUCCACCUCAACCGCGUGACGGCCAAGUCGGGCGUCAACCUCAUGACGAGCCAGAACCUCGGUGUGGUCUUUGGCCCCACGCUCCUGCGCUCAAAGGACCCCGGACGCGAGUUUGGUGACAUGGCAGGAAAGGCACUCAGCGUGCAGUGGAUGGUGGACAAUGCGCCCACCGUGUUUGUGGACGAGGACGACGAGUAG